AUGACUUCAAUUACAAGCAAUCAUACUAACAAUAAUAAUCAUAAUAAUAAUCGUAAAAAGUUUUCAUUGGCAGUUGAAUCUGCUGGGACCAAUUCAUAUCCAGAUUCUGAUAGAGAAUCACCAAGAAGCGUGUCAAAUCAACCAUUGACAGCAUUUUUGGUUGACUUGUCACAUUCUCAUAUUGAUAAGUCGACUCCUUGUUUGCAAAAAGAGCCAAUUUCUACGUCUUCUACUACUUGUUCAGUUAAUUUGUUAAAUUCAAAUAGCUUGAGGCCCAAUUCAGUGCCUCCUUUAAGAAAAGCAAAAUCAUUAUCUGAUUCGAUUCCACUGGCUUCGAUCCGUACUCUGAAUGGUAAUGAGGUAAGUAAAUACUCUAUUUGUGAUUUAAAUAGUUUACAUCAAAAGAUUCACUGUCGUCGCUCUUCAUUACCAGAACCUAAUACUAGUACAUGUCGAUAUUUUACUGAAGGUCAAAUUGAAUUGAAUACAAAUACUUUUAGAAAUCAUCAUCGGAAACCUUCGGUUUCGUUGAGAUUUCAAAAUCCAAAAUAUAUCGAUGACUCUCUUCAUUCUUAAUUUUAUGUCGUUACG